GAUAAAUCAACAAACCUGUAGCCUAACUCAGGAAGAGAUCCUUGUAACAGUGUAUGAGGGAAAGCCGGCACAGAGGGAUAGGCAAUCCUGCCAUCUGAUCUACACCGUUGCUAACAGAUUCAGUUCAGUCAGUACUUUUGAAUUUUCCAGCACAGCAUCAUUUAACAACUAAGGAAACAAAAACAACUAAAAACUAAGGAUACAAAAUGUUAAUAAGCUGUUGUGUUUCCUAUAGGACGCCACAAGACGAAGCAACGGGGUGGGCAGAGUCAGUGGACAAACUUCUGGAAAGUAAAGCUGGCCGGAUUGCCUUAGUAGCGUUCUUGAAAUCAGAGUUCAGUGAAGAGAACAUUUUGUUUUGGCUGGCCUGCGAGGAAUACAAGCAAACGAAGUCAACCUCUAAAAUGAUUGAAAAGUCUAAGGAGAUCUUCUUAGAAUAUGUCAAAGUGGGAGCUCCCAAGGAGAUAAAUAUAGACUGUGGAACUCGAGAAAACAUUACCAGACAUAUUUCGACACCAACCCUCAACUCUUUUGAUCAUGCACAGAAAAUAAUCUAUAGUCUGUUGGCAAAAGAUUGUUAUCCCAGGUUUCUGAAAUCAGACAUCUACAUGGCAUAUUGUCAACAGAAUGAAAGGUGACUUUUCCCCAAAUAAAUGUUCAUCAAUGAAUACAGAACACCUUCACAACUGGUUUCUUGUUUUACCUUCAAUAAUUUAUUUAAAUAUUAUCAUGUAUACAAUAAAUGUGUCUUCAGGCUGGAUUUGAAACAACCGUAAUCCCAUUAUCUUGUACAAGAGGUCGAAUAUACUUAGUUGUGUAAAUAUAUAUAAAACAAAUCUAUAUUAUGUACAAUAUGUAUAUGUGUGUGUGUUGAGAAGGGGGCUCUUACCGAUAUUGUGAUCACUUCUGAUUAAGCCUUGAGACUUCUUUCAAGUUGUCAGUCAAACAGAAAAUAAGCAACUCAUUAUUUAUUGAAAACACAAUCCAUUAAAGGCAUACCCUUUGGAUUGUGGAAUUAACCUGAAAACACUGAAUAUUCCCCAGACAUAAGAUAUUUUAGUAUUUAACGUUUUAAGGAGAUAUAAUAGUUUAGAAUAGGAUAUAUUAUGUACAAAACAGUAGAUUUGUGCAACAAGAACUGUUUUUGCUCAAACUGUUCACGUCAGUACAUACUCACAAACAUCAGUACCACUACCAGGAAGUACAGAUUAUUACCAGUAAAUCCUUCUUCCAUUACUUUUACUGUUUUUAAAUAAAGGUUUUAAUGCCUGAAACAACAAACAUAUUUUAAUGGUCUGACCUUCAAACUCAUUGUUUGUUUUUUAUUUAUUGAUUUAUUUAUUUAUUUAAAAAAACAGAAGCCUGCUCUGACCUCUCCCUUGACUCUAUCACUCUUUCUCCAUCUCCUUAUGCUAAAAACCUCCGGUGUUGCUUUUGACCCCUCCCUCUCCUACUCUCAACACUUCCCCUUCCUGUCACGCACUUGCCGCUUCUUUCUUGGAGAACAUCUACCUAAUCUGUCUUUUUCUCACUAGUUUAUUCCAUUCAGCUUGGUCCAAGCUCUUGUACUCUGUAACUCUCUCCUAGCUGGUUUCCUGCUUUGGUUAUCCGUCCCCUCCACUGGCUACCUAUCUCUGCUCGCAUUCAAUUUAAGACUCUUGUUCUUCUCUUAACCACACUGCCCCCUCCUACCUCCUUCAUGUCUCCCUACACCCCCUUUCUUAUCCUCCACGAGCCAACUUGUCAUGCCUUCCCUCCACUCUCAAUCCUCCCAUGCCUUUUCCUUCUCUUCCCUCAUCCCUCUGUGGUGGAAGCAGCUACCGGUCUCUCAUUGCCUUACGCCGCUUCCUCAAGACCCACCUGUUUAGACUGCACAUGUAGAUCUCUUGGUCUAUCCCUCCUACUAUGCACUGGGCUUGCCUGACUUAAGCACCAUGUUACUGGAUGCUCAGCUGAUGCACUAUCCUUGCACUACUAUUAUGUCAUUGUAGAUGGUCUUAAUCCUAAAUUGUUACUUCUUAUCUCAUAUUGUAUUCUAGUAGUAUUUGCACUUGCUGUAAACUACACUGUAUUCAACUAUUGUAUACCCCUGUAAUGUACAUUCGCCGUGGUUAAUUUGAGAAGGCAGGGUUUUGUUUUUGCUGUUUCUUUCUUAUUUGAAUUUUCAAACAUAUUGUGCACUUGAUUGUAUCUUGUUAGGUAUAAGGGGUCACCUUUUUAGUUAAUAAACUGUUAACAACUAACUUACUACAUGCUAACAUAGUUUAUUGUAAUAGUUUGUUUAUAUAUAUAUAUAUAUUAACCUAUUUCUAAAAAUAAUCUAUUGUACUUUGAAAGUGCCUUGAAAACAGAUGUAACCUCAUUGCAAUAAUAAGAUUGACUUGGAGGUGAUCAUCCCAAAGUAGGAAUCUGAUGUUUGCUGAACAGUUUUGUUGUUAAUAUGUAAAAGAUAGUUUCUAAUAGUUAAUAAACUAAAAACUAAAGUGACCGGUUUAACUGCUUUUGAAUCUGGCAUUUUCUGAAAUGUCUUGUCAGACUAAAUGUAACGCCACAUGUCCACCUGUGCCAUGAAAGCAGUCUGUAAAACACAAAUAUCACCUUGUUUUAAUAUCAAUGUAAAAUCUAAACUGCAAGGUCAAAAAUCGCAUGUGUAUUAUAUUUUUGUAUUUUUCAAAUGUAUAAAUCCAUUCGCCAAUAUAUCCCUAUAAUUGAUUGCCUUUGGUUCUGUAAACCCUUUCAGUCUGAGCAUCAUUUGCCUUGUCUGCUCAUGAGUGUGGGGUUACCAGAUUUUGGAUUCAAAGCAGUUUGAUGUCUGUGGUUCGCUGCUGGUGGAAAAACAUGACUGGUUUCAAAUUGCUGUGAACUCAGUCCUAAAGGCAAAUGGAAACAAGGCAUAAGUAAACACUGUUUAAAAGUCUAUUGUGGCGAAGGCCCUUUUUUAAUGAUUUUACUGGAAAAUUCCUUGGUUUUAGAAAAUAAAUAUUUGAUUGUUUAUGUAAUUUGUUAAAUUGUUCUUCUUUUCACAUUUGCAGUACUGUAUAUUUAAUUAGAUUAGCCUUAUACAUUGCUUAUUAUUGGCUCUUAAAUAGCCUGGAAUAGAUAUUUAUUCCAGUUUUAGCAUAUUAUAAGGUUAUUCACUUUUAAAAGAAAGACAAGUGUAUUGAUGCCUUGCACAGAUUCCAUUCUCUGAAUAUCUAGGUAUAGGGAUGUUGCAUAGAUGAGGCAUUAUUGGAUUUAAUUACUGUCUUACCUGGGGAUAAUUAACUGUACUGUUCACAAAUAUCAAUAAAAACCAUGGCUGCAUACUGGAAUCUGCUGAUUGUGCUACAGUGUAACUGCAUACCCCUGUAAAUAUAGAGCUUGA